UGACAUUUUGAAAGAUGUACUUUGGACUAAGCAGAUAAAAGGAAAAAAGUUGAAUAGGUAAAUUAAAAGAGUGUCAGUGUUCACUGCGAAAUGUUUGGUGAUCUUUUGAAUGCCAGCUAAAACAUCUCCGCAAAUAGUUGGAUUCCCGAACAUUUUCAGUGAAUUGAAAAUAACCUUACAAGAAUGAGGGCUUCCAAGAUUUCAGCUUCAACAGUAAGAAAAUUAGCCAUUCAAGUCCAAGCUGAUCGGUAUGUCGGAAUUAGACGUGAUUAUUGUCUGGAGGAUGUCGAAAAAAUUAAAGGUUCAAUUGUUCCAGAGUGCACUCUUGCUAGGAGAGGCGCAGAGAAACUUUGGACAUUAAUUUCGCGAGGCGGUGAUUCAUAUGUUAACGCUCUGGGUUCAUUGACAGGUGGUCAAGCGGUUCAAAUGGCAAAAGCAGGCUUACAAGCCAUCUAUCUUAGUGGAUGGCAGGUAGCUGCAGACAGUAACACGGCUGGCCAAACGUUUCCUGACCAAAGUUUAUAUCCUGCAGAUGCUGCUCCUCGUCUAGUACAACGUAUAAACAACGCUUUAAUGCGAGCUGAUCAAAUUGCUAAACUCGAAGGUGUCGAAGAACAUAUAGAUUAUUAUCUCCCAAUUGUGGCUGACGCAGAAGCUGGAUUUGGUGGCGCCCUUAAUGCCUUUGAACUCAUGAGAAACAUGAUUAUGGCUGGUGCCUCUGGCGUACAUUUUGAAGACCAACUGGCCUCCGAAAAGAAAUGUGGUCAUAUGGGUGGCAAAGUUCUUGUUCCUACGCAACAGUUUAUACGUACGUUAAAUGCCGCCAGACUGGCUUCUGAUAUGUUGGGCACACAUACAAUUUUAAUUGCACGUACUGAUGCACAAGCUGCCAAUAUGAUUACUUCUGACGCAGACGAGCGAGACAGUCAAUUCUUAACAGGAGACCGCACUUCUGAAGGAUUUUUUAAUGUAUGUAACGGAAUAGAUCAAGCCAUCGCUAGAGGACUAUCUUACGCCCCAUAUGCUGAUAUAGUUUGGUGUGAGACAGAUACUCCAAGCAUAAAAGAAGCGGAAUAUUUUGCCAAAUCAAUUCAUGAUGAGUUUCCAGGUAAACCAUUAGCAUAUAACUGUUCGCCUUCAUUUAACUGGAAAGCAAAUCUAUCUGAAAAUAGCAUUAGAACAUUCCAGCAAGAUUUAGGAAAACUUGGUUACAGAUUUCAAUUUGUAACGUUGGCAGGCUUUCACAGUAUGAAUCAUGCCAUGUUUAAACUCGCCAGAGCAUAUAAAACAAGAGGCAUGGAAGCAUAUGUUGCCAUACAAGAGGACGAGUUUAAACAAGAAAAAAAUGGCUUUACAGCACAUAAGCACCAACGAGAAGUCGGAGCAGGUUAUUUUGAUAAAAUAUCUACUAUGGUGUCUGGUGGUCAAAGUUCAGUUUGUGCGUUAAAAGGAUCAACGGAGGAAGAACAGUUUCACUCCAAGCAAUCGUGACGCAUUUAACACUGCUCUUGUUAUCAGAGUGUAAAUAUGCAAAAUAAAUCAACGUGAUGUUUCAUCAAUCUUCUUCAAAGGAAAUUUAAGUGAGAACUUACGGUCUUCUAUCGCGACUGCGGAUACUGAUUAUGUGUGAACAUUUAAUAGUAAACCUUAACACUCUACUUUUUACGAAAAUUUUAACCAUCGCAGUUAUCAUAACGUUUUUACUUUAACUUUUUUAAUUUGUAGAUUUCAUUUAUUAUUCAAACUGAAAGUAUGACCUGUUUUUUUUAAAAUUAACGAGAUGCAA